AUGAGUGAGAUCUCAGUAGAAAACGUCUCCACCACAGAAAUGGAUCUCAAUCAAGAUCUAGACCUUGGUUCAAACUCUGGAAAGUAUAGCCUGGACAUAAUUGAUGAUGUCAUCAUUGAAGAAAUGGAAUACCCAGUUUUAUAUGAAGAGGAUUCUGAUAAUGACUUGGAUGACAGCAAAGAUGACUUUUAUAAAAGUGAAACACCAGGUAAAGAUCGAGAUGAUAACGAAGCAGAGACUUGUAAGAGUGGAACACCGGAUAAAGAAGAGACUUGUGAGAGUGGAACACCGGAUAAAUAUGGGGAGAAAGCUAAUUUUAACCAGAUACCAUAUGGAUUUCAACAGAGAGGUCAUUAUGAACACAAUAAGAUGCUGACUGAUCUGGUUGAUGUUACAUACAACCCAAGGACAAGAGAAUUCAUAUUUUUAGACACUAGAGGUAUCUGUACAUGGAACAAAGAUGCCCUAGAAAACAUAGUGGUUAGAUCAAUGAGUUAUCCCAAAUACCAGAACAGAUUAUUGAGAAAAAUUAUUUAUGCAAGAAAAUAUAAUGUAUAUUUUUGUUUAGGCAAAGAUUUUUCAUUAAGGGUUCUCAACAGAGAUUUUGAUGAGACGUGUUCUGUAAGUUCCGAUUUGAGUUCUGUAAUGUUCAUUCUCUUUAAUCCUGUAAGAGAUGAGCUGAUAACAGGAGGAGUGAAAGGAACAAAGGUGAGUUAA